AUGACCUCAACCUCGUCUAUCACGGGCUCCCAGGGAUCAGGUCGUGCUUCUUCAUCAGACAUGGACGAAUCGACGUUUCUAAAACGCAAUCGUACCAUUCAUUUCUUGAGAAUUGCUCUUUCAUUCUUGGCCUUAGCCAUUGCAAUCGCCGUUGUUGCAUGCGAGGCUCCCCCACUGCAGCACUACAAGGAUACCUCCCAGUGGGCCCCUGCCGGGCUUGCCUUGUGGCCUCUGAACUUUGAUCUCCGUCCAACCAUAGCGGCUAUUGCUUGCGGGAGCAUAAUCACCAUGAUGAAUCUUGUGUAUAUUGUCACUGCCCUCAUGCCAUCUCCUCACUCCCGUAUCAAGCCACUCAACAUUUACUCCUCGGUCUUGGCUUUCGCAGGCUUUGUUACUGCCUUGGUGACCGUACUUUUCGCUAUCUACCGCCCCUCCUCGAACCACCCAGCCGGUUUCAACACGAACGAAACACUCCAUAGCUGGACGUGCAAAUGGAAGACAGGUACAGAUGGCACUUCUAUUCCUCGUCACUUUGAGCGUGACUGUAUGAACACUCGUGCUGGCUUUGCCUUGAUGUGUGUCUUGAUUGGAAUGGAAAUGCUGAUGGGAAUCGUUGCUGCUGCUGGAACAUGGUUCCAGCGCGAUGUUUCUCGCCGUCGGGAGCAACAAUUCCAGGUCGAAAAACUUGAAAUUGCUUCCAAGCAUGCGUAUCACCAGUGA